UUUACUUGUUUAACCCUGGUUUUCUUUUCCAAACACGCUCAAGACUUUAUACCUCUUCAAAGAUAUAUCAGGCAUGGUAGGAGGAAUGGAGGAGAACGAAAAGGUUUAUUGAAUAUUUCUUGAUGAUAUUGUUCUACGUAAGUUGCCCCCUUUUAUAGGUAUUACAAGAGGCACAUAUAUGGAAUAUUAUCAAUGUUGAGUGGUGGGAUCCCCGAAACUCAACUUGCACAAUACACUCGUAAAGCUUCUCGAGUUAACAGCCUUGGUGAGAAUAUCAGCCAAUUGAUCUUCAGAUCGAACAAAGGGCAGCUCUACUGCUCCAUUCUCAAUGUUUUCCUUGAUGAAGUGUCUGUCGACUUCGACAUGUUUAGUCCUAUCGUGCUGUACUGGAUUCUCAGAUAUGCUGAUGGCUGCAUUGUUAUCACAGAAGAGUUGACUCUUUUCUACAUGACUAGAUUACCUUCAACAAAGGUAAAACAGCCCGCUGUCGAUCUCCUGUCAACUGGGUUGCUUGCCCAAUCAGCAUCCGUGUAUCCAUGCACCCCUCGGAGUUUAUUCUUCUUGAACAUUAUUCCAUGCCCAACUGUUCCCUUGAGGCAAUAUCAGGUCUAGUGUGGGAUAGGUAAAUGAGCUUCCCAACCAAACGUUGAUAUUGGCCUUGGUGUGCUAGCUCCGCCCCCUCAGAGAUUUGCAGUCCAUGAUUAACUAAGAUUGGUGUAUCAGCCGGUUUGCAAUCCAGAAGUCCUGCCUCAGCCAGGAUGUCUAGGAUGUAUUUCUUCUGCCUCAGAAAAAUCCAUCCUUCAGAUCUUAGUACCUCUAUUCCCAAGAAGUACUUAAGAUUUCCCAAGUCCUUCAUCUCGAAUUCUUGAGACAAACUCCCCUUGAGCCUCUCGUUCUCCUCCAGUGGCGGACGCAGAAAUAAAUUUUAGCAGGGGCUUUACUAAGAUUUUUCAUUAUCAAUAUUAAUAUAUACUAUAUUAAUAUAUAAAUUAAUAUAUAUAUUAAAAAUCCCAAUAACAUUAAUAAAAUUGUAUAAAUAUUUAAUACAUAAAGUGCCAACAUAAAUACUAUAAUUCAAAUCCAAUUCAACUUCUUGCAUACUAA